AGGAAUUAAAACAUUGGUGUUUAUAUUACAUUCUGCUUCGUAAAACAUUAUAUUUGCGUUGAAGGGGGAAACGCCACGCGUCGCGCGGCGUGGAUAACCGUGUUUCGGGGCCCACUCAGGCGGCUGCGUGGACCAAAAAUAAGCAGUACACUUCCGGAAAAAGGGGGCUGCGUUUUUUUUCUGUAACGUUAUCAAAGAGUUUGACUGGCUAGCCGUGUAGCUGGUGCGUUUACUUGCUUCUCCUGCUCUAUACGUGGAGUCCCGACACGCACACGCUUCACGCAGCGCCUAAUUGCGUGAAAGGUGCAAGUUGCGGCCACACAUUAUCCCGCAUAUAAUCUGCACGGAUAUGAAAUGAGCUUAAAACCACUCCAGCCUGCUACUGCCACCUAGCCUGCAUGCUAACGUUAGCUCUGCAAGCCAAAAGUAUGUGUUUGAUGGCGGCGCUAGUUUCAGGCCGCGAUGUUUUAUUGUUGUUGUUGUUGUUGUUUUAGUUUUUUUGGUGUGCAUUAUUUGCGGGGCUUGGAUACACACCUCCGGUUAUCCGUAAAAUAAAUAAAUAAAUAAAAAAACAGAGCCCGGAGAGAUUAGCGACCAACAACAACAUAUGUGCAACACUCCUUCCUAUUCACAACCGCACUGUUUACUGUGUUUACUGGGAACCACGUAUACUUAACCAGCACAUACAUAUUUAUACCUGCAUUACGCACUGUCUGCAUCUUCAAUUGCUUUUUUUUCUUUUUUGUUAAGAUAAGAAAGGGUUUAUGUGUCACAUGCACAGUUCUACACAGUGCAAUGCACAAUGGAAUGUAUCUGCAGCAAGUAGUAGAAAAGUACGACAGUAGAAACAGUGUUUAAGUCCAGUUAAGGCUCAGAGUUGAGCAGACGGAUGAUAUGAGGAUAAAAAAAAACAGUAGAAGCACUAGGGAGAAGAGAAAGUGUCCAGAGUGCCUUGGCCCCAGUGUUUUGUAUAAAUGUCCUGCAGAUCGAGGCGAGGGGGGAUCUUAUUUGUAUUUUGCUUGCUGGUGAUAUCAUCAUAUUUUUUCCCCCAUACAUAGUCCUCCUACAUGUGUUCUGUUUGUGUGAGCGGUGAAUGUUUCUGUACGGCUGCUGCUAAUCGGGUGAAUUUACCCAUUGUGGGGCAAAUAAAGGCGUAUCUUAUCUUAUCGGCUCAGUUGCAGGCUGAGAUAUCCCUGUGUGAGUUCAGGGCAUCGAGCUUCACAACCGAGUCUCUCAGCGCGUUUACAUGCGCGGCGUAAUCGAGCUAUUUCACUUUCUGAAUGAGGUCCUUGUCCCCGGUUUACAUGCAACGGAGAAAAAUUGAAUAACUCAUGGGAACGUGUCCUCCUCCUUUCGCACUAGGUGGCGAUAUGUGUCUUCUCAGCGGGUUAAUACGGCCCCUUUCCAGUUGAUCUAUUACCUCGUAUAAUUAACAACAGUUGUUCGUGCGUCAGACCGGCAUUUUAAACGACAAUUAGGUGGAUAAUAGUGCAGCUUUUAUAAUCUCGUAUGUAAUGUGUGCGCUACUUUUGGUGCGGAUAAGAUGGUGCUAUCCCUCAGGUGGUUCUUCUACUGGCUCUGUUUACCUUCUUCUUCUGCGACCGGCUUUCUUGGAUGUUUUAGUUGUGCGCAGCAGUUGUGUUGUCUAGUUUAACUCAGAUUAAGGCGUAUACGUGCCGGAGAAAAACGAUUUCCAAACACAGUAUCUGUGUCUUAAUCGGAUAAGGAGUGACGUGUUCACUGCACUUAAGUUGUCCAGUUAAAGUCUUAUUAAGGCAGUAGUUCGUUUUUUUUUUUCAUGUGCAUGUAAACGUACUGUGUGAUACUUGUGUUUGUUUUGUUAAAUUGAUCAAGUUCAGUGUUGGUGGCACAACUAGACCGUGCGUUUUGUAGAAAAAGGCAAUUUCCGACUUUAAGCCUUUUCCUCACAAUUAGAAACGUUGUAAUGAGACCCACGUCUUACUCAGGAGUUUCUGAGAAGGAAGCACGCGCUUUGAAAAGUGUUAAAACAGCUGCUUGAAACACUGACUUUGCAGUUCCUGACUCGCUUUCUAAGCUGAGAAUGUGCUUCGUGUAAGAUUACCUUGUGUUUAAACAUUCGUACAUGGGUGGUAUUUAUCUACACUGACGUGCCACAUAAUUAGGUACACUAGUGAAAACAAAUGCAUCCUAAUAUAACAGAUAUCGUCCUUUUGAUCUGAGCUUCGUGAAGGUUAUCAGAAUUUCUACAAUAAUAGUACAGCUUUUUUAAAAUCUCGUACGUAAUGUGUGCGCAGCUUCUGGUGCAGAUAAGACGGCGCUGUCCCUCAGGCGGUUCUUCUACCGGCUCAGUUUAACUUCUUCUUCUUUUGCGACUGACUUUCUUGGAUGUUUUUGUUCGGGGUCACACGCAUUCGCACACUCGUUAUCCUGUUAGUUUCCCGUUUAAGCGUAUACAUGCCGGACAAAAAAGAAUUCCAAUCGCAUUAUCUGGGUGUCUUAAUCGGAUAAUGAGAACUCCGAUUUUAGUGGGAGUAACAGUUUUACAUGCACUUAAGUUCUCCUGUCAUACGCUGAUUAAGACAAUAACUGUUUUUUUGUCAUGUGUAUGUAAACGUACGAGUGUUUAAUUCAGUCCAGUUCAACACCACCACAAACUACUUCCUCUAAAAUGAUCAUCCAGUUAAAUCACCACAUUUCUGACACAGUUUCAACAUGAGUUGAACCUAAUCACAUUCACGAAGGAGGAUUUAAUGCAAGAUUCUUAUAUUAGAAUGUCGUCGUUUUCCGUAUUCCUGCUUAUUUUGCAUCAUUUCAUUUUUUAUACGGAACAACAUGCACAUUUCAUUCAUGUCUUAUGGAAAACAAGCAUUUAUAUCUGUUUACAGUUGCUCUGUGUCGUGCCUGGUUGUCUUCUUUGUGCCGUGCGUUUAUCGCCCGGUGUUUGGUUUUUCAGGUGUUUACCAUCUGCGAAGCCUUGAGCUCGACCGAUGUACCUGCUCCUGAAUGUCAGGAGUGGAACCUAAAAAUAAGCAGCGCUGUCGCACAGAAUCAGAAUCAGAAUCAGCCGCGGCAAACGUAGACCAACGCACGGUUAAAAUGAAGCGCGCUGGACGUCCUUCGGGCUGUAGCGUCUGAUGGAAGAGGUCGCUCGGCGUGAGUGGGAAGUGUGCCGCAGCACCCGGAGCGACUCUGUUUGACAACACAUCAGCCUCAACCUAUUUCAGCCAUUAGGAAGCUUUCCCUCGUCGUCCAGAUUUGCCCUGCUCUUAAACUCCCGGGCAGUUUGCCCUAAAUGUACUUAUGUGCGCCGUCCAACCUGAAAUAUAAUACCCUCGAUAAAUCUGGUGCCUUUUCCUCACGUAGUGUUUUUAAGUGCCGUCCGAUAGUGUGUCUGUGAACCUUGUUGAGAGCAUCUGAAUCAGCGCCAGUAGCUCGUUAUUUGUUUGUUCUUGCGCUCUUUCGGGGCCAAACACAGCAGCUCUCAUGGCUGAUAGUCAUGAAAAGCAGCAUACAUGAUGGCUUUAAUUAAAGAUGGCAGCUACUUUGCACUCUGAAGAAACUUAAAAACGCUGGAUCUGAAUGUCACACAGAUCAUUGUCUUGUCUUUGAUUUUUGCUAACUGGUACCUAUAGGAGUACUUAAGCUCAGUAAAUCUGUAUACUCUUAAAUACUUCGUAUAAAUGUACAAUGUCCCGAUUCAGUUAAAUAUCAGUUUAUUUAGAGAUGUUUCGGUUUAAGAGCAAGUUAUGGAAGAGAUUUUCUCAAAACUGUUGCUGUGAUUGGUUCCAGAUCGGUUCCUUCAGUGCGUUUACAUCCACAGUUUAAUGGAGCUAUGAUUGAAAUUCGACUUUCUGACUUGUCCCAGUUUACAUCCAAAGAAAAACAUCGAACAGCGGGAACAUGUCCUCCUCCUCCUCACUAGGGCACAAUAUAUGUCUUUUUAUUGUGUUAAUACGGCCCCUUUCUGGUCGACCUAUGACAUCAUAUAAUAAACAGCUGGAGUCGUUCAUGUGUCAGACCGAGACUUCAAACAACAACAAGAUGGACAAUAUUUUAUAGAUUUUUUUAAGAUAGACAGAUAAAGUGGUUCCUCUAUCAACUCUGUUUACCUUCUUCUUCUUCUGUGACCGUCUUUCUCGGAUGUUUUUGUUCUGGGGUCAUACACCAGAGCUGUGGUUGUGGAACAUGUGCACAUGCGUUGUCCAGUUAAAGUCUGAUUAAGUGUAUACAUGCUGGAGAAAAUUGAUUUCCAAUCACAUUAUCUGUGUCUUAAUCAGAUAAAGAGAACUCCAAUUUUAGUCGGAGUAACAUGUUUACAUGCACAUAAGUUGUCCAGUUAAAGUUGGACUAAGGCAAUAAUUCACUUAUGGACUUUAAUGUGGUUGAAAGUAGGGAAGUGUGCAUUAUAUUUAUUUUUUUUAGAAUCGAUGCCACUAACCUGGAACUGAUACAUCUAGAAAUAUAAAGAACAGUGUAGCCUCUACGUAUCACGAUACGUAUCACGAUACUUGAGUGUUUAUUAUGAUAUUGCGACAUAGUGCAAUAUUCCACAUAGUUCACUGAGAAAGUUUAAAUGCUGCUUGAAAUACACACUGUAUAUAUGUACAUCAGAUGACAGUGAUAAGUCAUUGGACAAAUUGAGUCAAAAAAACAGUAUUAAUUCAAAUGAUCCAUUUCCAUUUUAUUACAUUUAUCUAUAAAAAUGGGUCUUAUUAGUUCCUUCUGCUUCCAUUUAAACGACGAAGUGCCUCCAGUUCUAGUGCUUUAGGUGCAGAAGUCGUUCAUGAUUGAUCCAAAACACGACUUUUUCUUUUAAAAUCAGUAUUGUGUUAAAAAGUUUCAUGAUAUAUUACCAUAUCAGUAUUUCCCCCCCGCCCUAUUAGCCUCAUUGGGACGUGUAUAUAUGACUUUUCUAUGACUAGUAACUGUAAAACUAAAACUCGACUACUAAAUGUCACAUUGCAUUGUCAUAAUAACUCCCGCUGAGAGCAUGUGUGGGACUUUAAGAGGCGUCAGUCACGCUGGUAUCUGGUGAAAAGGCGCCUGUCAACAUGUAAUUUAACCCAGUAAUCAGCACAGUUAAUGAUCCUCUUCAUGUAACUGAUGAUAUUUAAUAAUCACAAGGCGAAUGAUUGCGAGACGGUUCUGUGCUCUGUGUUCAACCUGCAGCCUGAAUGUGACUCUGCUGUGGUGUUUCCUAGAUCAACAGGACAGUAUGGCCACCACUGUUGCCGUCAGUCCCAGCGAAUACCUCCAGCCCUCCACCGCUUCUGCACAAGACACCCAGCCCUCUCCUCUGGCCCUCCUGGCCGCCACCUGCAGUAAAAUUGGCCCCCCCGCCGCUCAGGCCCCCGUCACGUCUCCGCCAGCGCAGCCUCAGCCUCGCCGCCUCCUUCCCAUAAAGCCCGCCCCCAUCGCCCCAGCUCCCCCCAAGAACCUGGGCUUCCUCUCCGCCAAGGGGAAUGUGAUCCAGCUCCCCGCCGGCCUGGGCUCCACGGCCUCCGGCAGCCCCAUCGUCCUCACCAUCCAGCAGAGCCCCACCCGCACCGGCGCCUCCGCCCCGGCCAACAUCCAGUACCAGAUGAUGCCGCAGAUCCAGGGCGCCCAGACCAUCCAGGUGAUGCCGCAGGGGGGCCAGAUCCAGCUCAUACCGGGCACCAACCAGGCCAUCAUCACCACCCCGAUGACGGUGCCGGCCCCGGCCGCCGCCGCCGCCGCCGCCGCCGCCCCCAUCACUCCCCAGAAGACGGUCGCCAUCAAGCCCUCCCUGAAGCUGAGGAAGCCCAACAGCGCAGCCGCGAACAUGGUGCAGCUCCCCGGCGGACUCACGCUGCCCCUCAACGUGGCCACGGGGGAGGUGGGCGGGGCUCAGAUCGUCACGGAGACCUCGGCCACGACUCCGAAUCCCGGGAAGGGACGACGGGGGAGGAAGAAGAAAAUCAUCCUGGCGGCCGAACCUCAGCCGCCGUCUUCAACUCAGGCCGCCUCCCCGUCCCCAGAGCAGAUGGAAACCAUCCUGAUAGAAGCCGGAGACAACAUCAUACAGGCGGGGAACAAUUUGCUGAUCGUGCAGAGUCCCGGGCAGCCGGCGAUGGUGCAGCAGGUGCAGCUGGUCCAGCCCAAGCAGGAGCCUCAGGUGGUCCAGAUCCCCCAGCAGGCCCUGAAGGUGGUGCAGGCCGCCUCCGCCACGCUGCCGCCCGUCCCUCAGAGACAGUCGUCCAGCCUGCAGGUCACGCCCACGGAGGCGCCACAGGCGCAGAUCCUCUUCAAAACAGCUACGGGCGAGUGGCAGUCCGUCCAGAUCCAGGACCCCGUCUCCACGGCGACGACCCUCACCACGUCAGUUCCCGCCAUCACCACCACCACCAACAACGCCGUCAACACCACCUCCUCGCCAGCGGCCGGCGCCAAGAGGACGCAGGCGGGGGGGCGGAAGGAACGGACUUUGGCAAAAAUUGCCCCCGCCGGUGGAAUGAUGGCGCUGAACACGCCGCAGCUGUCAACGGCGGCGCAAGCCGUGCAGACGAUCAGCAUCAACGGGGUCCAGGUCCAGGGAGUCCCCGUUACCAUCACCAACGCAGGGGGCCAGCAGCACCUAACGGUACAGGCGGUGCAGGGCGGAGGGCUCCAGCUGGCAGCUACACCGGGCCAACCUGCCAUCCAGGUGGACCAGGCCCUCACGCUGGAGCUGCCGGGUCAACCAGGAGAGAAGAAACGACGCAUGGCCUGCACCUGCCCCAACUGUAAAGACGCAGACAAGAGGCCCGGGGAGGUGGGGAAGAGGAAACACAUCUGCCACGUCCCCGGCUGUGAGAAGACGUUCAGGAAAACGUCGCUGCUCAGAGCUCACGUCCGGUUGCACACCGGCGAGAGGCCCUUCGUCUGCAACUGGGUUUUCUGUGGGAAACGUUUCACACGCAGCGAUGAGCUGCAGCGGCACGCGAGGACGCACACAGGAGACAAACGCUUUGAGUGCAGUCAGUGUCAGAAACGCUUCAUGAGGAGCGACCACCUGACGAAGCAUUACAAGACUCACAUAAACGCCAAGAACCUGUGAGCCGACUGUGCGACGAGCUCACGCACAAACAAACAAACUCUCAGAGACUGUGUUACAGGAAGGAGCGGCAGAGGAGACGAGACCAAGGGUGUGUGUUUGUGUGACUUAUCCCAUAAUGGGAAUACUCCAAAAAUAUGCCCCUAUAUUUCCUGUCGCUCUUCUAGGACACCGUGUAGCGUGGUGUACAAAGAAAUCCUUCCCUGGUGGACUUCAAACUUAUCCAGCAAGUUCAUUAAUAAUAGUUUAUUUUUGUUUUUAUUUGAUCUGCGCGAAGGCCAGAACUGGCUACAACUGAAUUUGUAAGAUAACGAGACGCGAGGCUUCACCGACACAAGAUGCUAAACUCUUAACGCUUGCUUAUUUAUUGACUUCUCGGGAAGAAGAUUAUACACAGAAUUAUGCACAGACGCCAACGCCCAAGCCUCCUGGACCUCAGUCACGGUUUCCAUUUAUUUUAUUUUGGUUUGUUUUGCCCCCCAAAACUUUUUGUUUUUUUUAUUUGAUUUUUUUUUUUUUUUUUUUUUUGGAGUUCACAGAAAGUACAAGAAAAAUGUCAACACGACUAUGUUUUGUAAAUUCAACGGCAAUUUGUGUUCACUAGGAAUUUUCAUUGAAGAUUUUUGUGUUUCAGCAGGAAUCUUCUGCUGAUUACUCAUCGUUUGUCAGAUGAUUGCAAAAAAAAAAAAAAAAACAAUACUUUGGAGAACUUUUAGAAGUUUACAUGGGCUUUUUUAAAAGUGUGUAAAUGCGUACUAUUCUAAAUAAUAUUAAUAAUGAUAAUAAACUAUUUAUAACAUUUUUCCAUAAAAUUUGUUAGUGAUUUGCAACGUAUGUUUAUAAGGUUAUCUUGACACACAAAUAAGGACUCGGUCUAAAUUAAGAGAUGAAUUAACAAGGGGUGUUGUGUGAAAGUCUGAAUGCAACUUUAUGAAGAUGUGGCCAAAUAUUAUACUUUUUCUAACAAUAUUCCAACAUUUGUUGACUUUAUUUCAAAAGAAUCAGAAGAAAAAUGAAGGAUCGAGAACUGAUCCCUGUGGAACGCCAGAGUUAAAAUGAGUAAAAUUUAAGCUGCUCAACCAAAUGUUGCAAAAGAUCAAGCAUUUUUUAUGCAUGAAGAGGAGGCAGGAUGCCACAAGGAAGAGGUAGUUGUCAUUAUUAACAUCUCAGAUGACUGAACAACUAAUUACAGAUCAACUAAUGUUCAAUAAAAAUGUGAAGAAAACAGAUAAGUAACUGCCUUGUCAAAAAUUAGAUUAUAUAUGGAUGUUUUUUUGCCUGAAGAGUUUAAACUGAUUCACGUUGUUGUGUUUGUCAAGGAAGUUGUGCAAAAGAAAAGCAGAAACAUUUCUGGAAAACGUAGCUUUUGAGUAAAAUACGGCUAAUGUGAUAGCCACCCCCCAAAAAAACGUUUCUCAAAAGGUUUUGGCAAUAAUGUCAAAAAGGAUCUGUAGGAGUAAGAGUUGAUUCAGUAAUUUAGGGUGGAUGAUCCUGGUGAUUAAUCUGUGUAGUUGGUAAUUCAUCGUGGAUCCCACGACAGGUACGCUAACGUCUGCGGCUCGCUGUCAGAUUUGAAUGCUAUUUGGUACUGAAACGUGUCCAUAGCACAGAAUAUCACAGCUGUGAUUGAUGUUCUUUGAUCAGGACCAGUGUGUAGGACUUGUUAGCAGCAUAUACUAUUCAUAAUUAUAUUUUGUAAUGUAAUUAUGAAUUGCAAUUUCAUUCGUUUAGAUAAUAUCUACAUAUGGAGUGCUCCAUGUUGUGCCACCAUGCCAGACCAAAACACUCGAGAAGGACUUUCAUGUUUGACCACCGCAAACUUCCUUCUAGAUGCUAGAAAUGGGUGGUUAAGGUGUGUUGAUGUUUACCACCUCACCACUAGGUGUCACUAAAUCCUACACACUGAUCCUUUAAGCUGAGUUUCAGAACAUAUUCUUGUUGAACUUUCUUGGCUGCUUCUCGCUACUCAUCAUUUAACUGAAAAACUUCUGAUUCUUUCAUCAACAUUUUUUUUUUUUUUUUUACCUGCAUAGUUUAAAUCAUCAUUAUUUAAAAAUACUAAAGAAAACUUGGUACCUGCACCAAACGACACCCACCAGUCCUGCUCAUUUCUUGUGCACUCAUAGAUCAGAGCAACAGGUUUCCAGGGUAACACUUGUAUUCUGCUCAACUCGCCGACAAGUUCUGAUUUGGUGAUACGUUGCCUAUGCAUUGUUGUAAAUAUGAUCGAAUUAUUAUUUUUUUUUAAACAUUUUGGCCUGACUUUGACAAUCACGUCACAAGAUGCAAAAAAAAAAAAAAACAACAAAAAAAGAAAAAGUAAAAGCUUUCUCAGGCCUCCUAUGAGUUAACAUGAGUUGUUCCAGCUAUGUGAUAGCUUUAAUUCUUCUUUUAACACUUUUCUGUUCAUAUACAGAUGACCAGCAUUAGGCCUACUGUACAGUAUUCAUGUGUUACUCUUCAUAACAUUUGUUUUACAGGAAAACAAACAAACAAACAAAAAAAAACAACAAAAAAUGCUGUUGCUCAUAUCAGUUUUGAUAUAAAGAAGAUGUACUGACCUUUUUACUAACACAUCAUAAGUGAGGUUGAAACCUGACGUUGUACUUUUUAUUUAAAGAAAUACACAAUGACAAACAAGACGUUUGGUCCGAUCAGCUUGGUGCCAGCGGACACUGGUGUGCAGCAUCACAACAACAUCUCUGUACACACACACACAAACACACACACACGAAAAGAAAAAAAAAAAAAAAAACAACAACCAAAAAGUUUAUUUUUAAAGCACUUUGAAAGAGAUUUCCUUUAAGUGCUACGCAGGAGGUGACAAAGCUUGGGAGACCAGUAUUUGGUGUUUUUGUUUUUGUUUUUUUGAGAAGGAUGGAUGGAGUCUGCUCUUGUUUCUGUUUGUAUUUCAUGUUUGAAAAUGUAAAUAACAGUGUGUGUCUGUUGAGACACAGUAAAUGUAGGAUAUUAAACAAAUUAAGGUUAAGCUCCGUAGUGAUGCGGCUGGCGUAGCCAGCCUCGAAGGACAUAGACUUUGUACAGUGUGUUAAGGAACAAAAUAUAAUGUGACAUUGUAUAACUUCAUUCCUGCUUUGUAUAAGACUUGUAGAUCUUUUUUCUAUUGAAUUAAGAAUGCCUUAGACAGCUGCACCCAGUAUUUAAAGAUGUGUUUUUCUGUCUUAUUCCAGGUAACAACAUUACAUGUACAUGUAAAGUUUCUUUUGUGUUUUUAACUUAUGUUACAUGCUAAUAUCAUGUGCACUGAUUUAAAAUUCCGGGUUCCAAAAUUUGUAAAUUUAAUGUUGAUUGUAAUUAAAUAUAGCGCUUUUUCUUUCUUUUUUUCUUUUUUUUUCUUUUUUUUCAAAAUUAAGACAUUUCUGUUACUUGGUUUCUGUGAAUUAAAUUCUUCUCCCUCUCCAAGGCCACAUGUCCCAUAUGAUGUUCUACAGCCGAUAGUUGUGUAUAUUUGGAGAACCCAGAGAACCAGCAAUUCAUUUUAUGAGUUGUUUAAAGGUGCUAAAACAUAAAGUCCCUCCCCCCAAUAAAGAGCUCAAACUAU